UUAUUAGGUCUUCGCGUUGGACCAUUCUGGCUGAUAACAGUGGCGUGCUCAAUAUCAAAACCAUGUAUAAAUACCCAUAUUUCGGAACACAAAAACAACAAUCCUUGCACAAAAACUUCUUCACACAAGAGUAAAACACCAAAACCAAAACUUAUAAUUGUUCUUCAGUGUUCAUAUACAUCCACACCAAGUUUUGAAGAUGGUUAGAGCUCCUUGUUGUGAAAAGAUGGGAUUGAAGAAGGGUCCUUGGACUCAAGACGAAGAUCAACUCCUCACUUCUUACAUCCAAAAACAUGGCCAUGGAAACUGGCGUGCCCUUCCAAAGCUUGCAGGGCUAUUGAGGUGUGGAAAGAGUUGCAGACUGAGAUGGAUUAACUACUUAAAACCUGACAUCAAAAGAGGAAACUUCUCGAGUGAAGAAGAAGAGAUUAUCAUCAAGAUGCAUGAGUUGCUGGGAAAUAGGUGGUCAGCAAUAGCAGCAAAACUACCAGGAAGAACUGACAAUGAAAUUAAGAAUGUGUGGCACACUCAUUUGAAGAAGAAGUUGCUGAAUUCAGAUACCAAAAGGGUUGUUUCCAAUCAAAAAAUCAAACGAUCUGAUUCCAAUUCCAGCACCCUAACAUCAUCAUCAUCAGCAUCAGCAUGCACUUCUUCAAGUGAUUUUUCAUCAUUCAAAAACAUGAACAACAACAACAUGAUCAAGAGUGAAGACACAGAGUCCGAGGAGACAACAAUGCCUCCUAUUGAUGAAAGCUUUUGGUCAGAGGCAACAGUUGAAGAUGAAAGCUCCACCAUGAUUAUGCCAUCAAAUUCUUGGACAAUUUCAAAUGAACUACAAUUUAAUUCUGUGGAAACUUUCCAACAACACAGUUUUGGUUCAAACUUUGAUGAUGGCAUGGAUUUUUGGUAUGACAUAUUCAUCAGAUCAGAAGACUCAAUAGAGUUGCCACAGUUCUGAUAAACUUUUCAUCAUUAAAUUUGGCAGAUAGAAAAAAAAUAUACUUAAAAGCAAUAUUAAUUAUAUUAGCAAAUUAAUUAUAUCUGACUGUUAAAAGGAAUAUCUAGAGUCAUUCAUUGAGAAAAGAAAUUGGUGUAAAGGGUUAAAAAAAAUAUUGCGUUAUGAUGUAAUAUAUGCAUAAAAAAAGGGCAAAAAUAUGCAUACACUAACUUUGUUUUUUAUGUAUAUUGUGCAGUACUCUCAGUUUUAGUCAGAAAAAGUUUCAUUAAGUUAGGGCUAUUGAAAUUGUAAUAGCAAAAAAUUGUGUGAUGGAGUAUUCAAUUUUUUCACU